AGCAGAACAUACAGAGCUAGCACCAGGAUCAAUCAGCUAGCUACGGGCCUAUCUAGCUGGUGGUCAAGCUUAUUGGGAAACAUGAAGCUCUCUGCGGCUUUGCUCUGCGCCCUUGUGGCCGUCCAGGCGGCGGUGCUCCUCGCCGCCGCGCCGUCGGCGCAGGCCGGCGAGCUGCAGGUCGGGUACUACGGCAAGAAAUGCAAGGGCCUGGAGAACGUCGUCAAGUGGCACGUCAUCAGGGCGCUCAAGGCCAACCGCCGCACCGGCGCCGCGCUCAUCCGCCUCCUCUUCCAUGACUGCUUCGUCAGGGGGUGCGAUGGCUCUGUCCUCCUGGACGCGUCCUACGACAACCCGCACCCGGAGAAGGAGGCGCCGGUGAACAUCGGCCUCGCCGCCUUCGACCUCCUGGAGGAGAUCAAGGCCGCCGUCGAGGACAGGUGCCCCGGCGUCGUCUCCUGCUCCGACCUCCUCAUCUACGCCGCCCGCGACGCGGCCAGCAUCCUCAGCAACGGCCACGUCCACUUCGACGUCCCCGCCGGCCGCCUCGACGGCUUCGUCUCCAAGGCCGAGGAGGCCCAGGCCGAGCUCCCGGACUCCGCCGAUGACGUGCAGAAGCUCAUCGCCAACUUCGCCAGGAAGAACUUCACCGUCGAGGAGCUCGUCAUCCUCUCCGGCGCGCACUCUAUCGGCCAGGGCCACUGCUCGUCCUUCGCCGGCCGCCUCUCCGAGCCCGCUGACCAGAUCACCCAGGCCUACCGCGAGCUCCUCAAGUACAAGUGCCCCCAGGGCUCCAACCCGCCCGUGGACAACAACGUACGCGACGAGGACUACGACGUCGUGGCGAGGUACAUGCCGGGGUUCACCAGCAGGGUGCGCAAGAUCCCCGACUUCCUUGACAACUCGUACUACCACAACAACCUCGCCAAGAUCGUCACCUUCCACUCCGACUGGACGCUGCUGACGCACAAGGAGGCGUUCGGCCACGUCAAGGAGUACGCCGAGAACGGCACGCUCUGGGACGAGGACUUCGCCGACUCGCUGGUCAAGCUCAGCAAGCUGCCCAUGCCGGCGGGGAGCAAGGGCGAGAUCAGGAAGAAGUGCAGCGUCAUCAACCACCGCCUAUACUAAGCAGGCCGCCGUGCUCUUGCAGCAAUGGACCAGAGCAGGUAGAAGAAGAAGAGGCCGUGCGGGCCCAGCCAAUUCAACACACACACGUUCAUAGAUCAAGUUGAGCCAUAAGCUUGGUUUUUGUCGUUCCAUCCAUUCUUUUGAUUCGCAUUGGUUGUACCACACUUUGUUGUGCAUUUUUCAUCUCUGCCAAUCUGUUACAUAGUAUACAUGGCUCACGGAAAUAAAACUACGUAUGUUCCUGACAUGUCUUACAAGUUA